UACCUCCUACUCGGUCAGUAACCAUUACCUAUCAGCAACAGCAAUGAAAGUUUUACUAAGGAAAAAAGGAUUACUUUUAGUGAUAGGGUCAAGUCUAGUUUUCUGGAUGUUGCUUCAAAGUGGAAUAAAUUUUGAAGAAUCUAUGGCUGAUAAAAAGCAGGACACAGUUUUAACAGCACAAAAAAAAAUGAAGAAAAGUAACACCAAGUUGAAUAUGGAGAACAUUGAUAACAAAUGGAACAAACAGGAAGUACAUAAAGCACAUUCAGUAAAGGUGAAAACACCAUUCAAAAUGUCACCACCUGCACAACUAGCGGAGAGGGUACGUUCAAAGUGUACAGCAUAUCUCCGAUCACUACCAAAGAAACCUAUAGUCUACCCUAUUACAACAAAUGCACACUAUAAUCUCCUCUUCUGUCCAAUGUGUAAACUUGCUUCAACAUACUGGACUAAGUUUUUUAAGAUGCUUGAAGUGUAUAAAGCAAACUCCAGUAUUCAUUCACCAUAUGAUAUACCUAUCAGUAUUGCAAAACCUACAAAAGAAAGACUACAGAUAAUUCAGGGUACCCCUGGAACUCGAUAUGACAGUUACUACAAGUUCAUGUUUGUACGUGAUCCCUAUGCAAGAAUUUUAUCUGCAUAUGUCGAUAAACUAUUUGCUCCAAAUCCAACAUUUUGGAAAGACCUCUGCAGAAAAAUUAUUACAUCAGUAAGAGAUAGAAGUAAGCCACAUGCAAAGUGUUGGUCCGACUUAUCGUUUGAGGAAUAUAUCCGUGCUAUCGUUACCGCUCAUCGAAGACCAGCUGAAUCUGGAAUGACAGACUGUCAUGAUGCUAGUUUCAUAGGCUACUGUCAUCCGUGUGAACUUAAAAUGGACUCUAUUGGAAAAAUGGAAACAUUUUCAUCUGAUUCAAACUUUUUGUAUCAAAAGUUAAACUUAAGCAGAACUUUAAACACCCUCGGAAAACAAGGGAAGCAAUUAGCUGAUGAAGAUGCAUUACUGGACACAGUAAUCUCCCCUUUCAAAUGGAAAAAUGAUAUUAAAAAAUGCAUUCCUUGGCAUGAAGCUCUUCAAAGAAUAUGGAGAAAACUGCAGAUACGAGGUGUAAUAGGAAAAGAACAGUUACCUCUAACAGCCGAACAAGCUGAAAAAAUAAGUCAACAAGAAUUUAUUGAUCUCAUUAAGAAAACACAAGAAAAUACCUCAUAUUCGGAACGAAAACAACAACGUACAGAAGCCCUCAUAGAAAUCUACAGUCACGUUGAAAUGGAGUAUUUACAUCAAUUGAAAGUAUCAUAUAAAAAUGAUUUUGACUUUUUUGAGUAUGAAGAUAGUCCGGCAAAUAUAUUCAACAUCAAUAGAAAGGAUAUACAGUAUUAUGGAUACCUAGACUUAGGACAAAAAUAACUCUUCCUUUCGGUGUAUUAUUAAAUUAUUAAAAAGACGAAGCAAGAAUUAAUAACAAAAGACUUUUUUGUAAAAUGCACUGCUGAAAUUUAAUACAUGCAAAUAAGGGAAAAAAUAUUAGUUUUGGUGCAAUAAAAAAACAACAACAAAAAAACAUGUUUCACUGAAAGAACAUUAGGUGCAAUAUUUUCAGGAAUGGUGCGGAAACCAAGGAAAAUAUAAAAUCUGGUAUUCACAAGUGAAAGAUUAUAAGAUUCUUUCACUGGUUGUAGGUGCAUAUGGGAAUAUCCGGCCUCGAGGGUAACUGUUCAGGCGGUAACGAGGCUCCUUGCCGAGUUACCGCUUAAACAGUUACCCGAGAGCCGGAUAUUCCCAUCUGCACCUAUAACCAGUGACAGAAUCUUUUUCUUGCAUACCGAUUUCAAGAAAUACUAAUAGAAUCAAUCAAACGGCUUUCUUUUUAGAACUAUUUCUUAUAGCAGUGUAUUUAAACAAAGUGCGGGAAACCAAUGUCCGUAAACUGGAAAGACGUCAUGACAUUUCAAAGCAGAUAACAAUGUUUAGUUCCAGUUUUGUUUUAUCAGUUGAAGCGUAAUGUUAUGAAUUUUUGAUAAAAUAACGUGAUUCGAAUUGAGAAAUUACUAUCAGGAACCAAUAUUAGGAACUGUCAAGGUAUUGAAUUUUUAUUUCGUUUUUUAAAUAAAAUAUAAAUUACUACAUAAAUCUUCUACAUAUAUGUAUUUCGUAAUACGUCAAUUACAGCACGAGAGUCAU